AAGUACUCUCACGCGUCUCACGUUACGGAUCCGGAAGAAGGCCACACAGCUUCGCUUUGCCAAGCUCAUUGGUUCGUCGCAACGAUCAACACCCCGAUUGAUGUGGCACAUCUGAUAUGGGACCCUGUAAUAUGAGUGCUGGGAUCUACAGCCCCCGUGCCUUAUGGUUCCGGGGAGUCUACGCCGCUCCUCGAACAAGGAGAUGAUGGCCUGAAAAAGCGUGUUUGCAGCUUGCUUGUCUUCCUACACCGGUGCCAGCACUAGGGCAUCGAUGGGUCUCUCUGUUCUCUCCUUGGUCCUCGUCUUCCAAUUCUUCCACGCUUAUGCUGCCGUGAAUGUUUCCUGGUCUACCACUGCCUCGGAUUCGUCAAGAAAUGUGGUACAGGCAAAUUUCCUGGGAGUGAGUUUCGAGCUCAGCUUCAUGGAUCAAUAUUUUGGCAAUGACACGUCUACAAUUCCACAAACAAUGUUGAACUAUCUUUCUGAAAUACGCACCCGUACAGGGUCCAAUCCCGUCCGGCUCCGGAUAGGUGGUAAUUCAGCGGAUAGCUCAACAUAUUUACAAAACCAGACUUCGCCAAUGCUCAAGCUCACUGAUCCGAAUGCGAACUACAACAACCAGCCUGUGGAUUAUGGUCCUAUGCUAUGGCAGGUAUUACAAAAUGUGUCGGGCUCAGUCGGAGGAACAGAGUACCUCAUCGGUAUAUCUCUCAGCGACCCUAAUAACACCGGAUCCAAAAUCGCCGGAGACGCGAAGGAGAUCUUGGGUGAUAAUUUGGAUUCGAUCCUCGUAGGGAACGAACCAGAUUUGUAUACUUCACAUGGUGAUAGACCCUGGUUACAAAAUUACACGGUCCAGGACUACAUCGGGGAGUUCUCGGGAGUCUCGAAUCACCUGAAUAAUACCUCUGCGGGCGACAUUCUGAACACUCAAAUAUGUGCUGGUCCGACGAUAUGCUGUCAGUGGGAUUUGGCGACUCUGCUACAGCAGGGCUACUUGGCAACGUUUAGUAACAUACUUAAAUACAUCACUCUACAACACUAUCCUCAGAAUAACUGCUUUGGCUCUUAUCAGUAUGGGCUACCGUAUUAUCUGCAACAUUCCAACACGGUGGGUCUGGCCAGCUGGCAGCAGUAUGGUAUUGAUAUUGUGGCUUCAAAUACGACUGCUAGUCAUCCUCGGCUGGUCAUGUCCGAGUUUAACUCGGCCUCGUGUGGUGGGAUCGCCAACAUCUCAGAUACCUUUGCCGUUGGAUCGCUAUGGACGGUCGACUAUGCUUUGCAAAUGGCUGCAGUCGGGUAUUCCGCUGCAUACAUCCAUACAAGAGAAAAAGGCAUAUUUUACAACCUGAUAGACCCUCCCAACACCACGGUACCCGGUGAUACAUGGACGACGAAUCCACCCUUCUACGCCGUACUCGCCGUACCAGAAAUAUUGCAAGCCAGCAACGGCAGUAUCGUCGUUGACCUCAACUUGGAAGGAUCAAUGACUGGCAAUACUACCGUCGCCGGGUAUGCCGUUUACGAUGCCGGGAGCCUUUCGGCAUCAAAAUUGGUCCUUUUCAACUAUGAUAGCUCGUCCGUGGAAUUCUCCCUGGGAAAUUCGGUGUCUGGCCAGCCAUCUAUCAAGUAUUUGGCAUCGUCGAAUAUUGUGGAAAAGCGGAACAUCGCUUGGGGUGAGCAGUCGUUUGUGGGUACCAGCGAUGGGAAGCCUGUCAAUGUAACGCGUGAUACCAGCGGGUUCAGUUGGCUUCCCCUCAGUGGUAAUUUGGACUGCUCGGGAAAUUGCACGAUAGAAGUACCUGGUCCUAGCCUAGCAGUGGUAUACUUAUCCCAGUCUCAGGCUGAGUCGAAUUCAGCUCUACGUACGGCGCUUCCUGGGUCUCUUGUUGUUGGUUUUGCCCUUAUUUUUGGAUUCUUUACUUAACCUAUAGCUUGUCUCAUUAUAUUGUAGAUGGACUUAUUUAAUUUAUUUAAUAUGAACUUCAUCUGAAUCUUAGGGACGCGAUAUUUAUGUACAGCUACGAGUUCCGCGAGUAUGUAAUAAAGCCAGGCUUCAGGUUGAGACGCGAUACUAAUAGAACGCGGCCCUGCAUUUCACGUG